UGCUUUGUGGGUGAGGAGGAGGAUUUUGUAUUGAAUGCGAUGUGGGAUGGGGAGCCAGUGAAGGUUUUGGAGGACGGGGGUGAUGUGUUGAUGGGAGCGUGUGUGGUUGAGGAGGCGGGCGGCUGAGUUCUGGAUAAGCUGAAGUUUAUUGAGGAGAGUGGAGGUGGUGCCAUAAAAGAGACUGUUGCAGUAAUCUAGACGAGAUGAAAAGAAUGCAUGUAUAAGGGUUUCAGCUGCAGGGUAGGAGAGGGAGGGGCGGAGGCGGGCGAUGUUUUUGAGGUGGAAGUAGGCUGUUUUAGUGAUUUGCUUUAUGUGGUGGGUGAAGGAGAGGUUGCUGUCGAAGAGAAUGCCAAGGUUGCGACAGUGGGAGGAGGGGGAGAGGGUGGAGUUGUCGAUGGAGAGAUGAAAGUUUGUGACUGUGGAGGUGAGGGAGUUUGGGCCAAUGAUGAUGAGAUCUGUUUUGUCAUAAUUGAGCUUGAGAAGAUUGCUGUCCAUCCAGUGUUUGAUAUCAGAGAGGCAGUUUGAGAGGGAGCAUUGGGUCUGGGGGGUGAUGGAGUUGGAAGAGAUAUAUAAUUGAAUGUCAUCAGCGUAGCAGUGGAAGUGGAGGUUGUGUUGACGGAGGAUGUGGCCAAGAGGGAGGAGGUAGAUGAUGAAGAGGAGGGGACCAAGCACCGAGCCCUGGGGGACACCUUGGGACACAGGGGCAGUUGUGGAGGAGCAGUUGUUAAUAUGGAUGAAGUGAUUCCGGUUUGUGAGAUAUGAAUGGAUCCAGUUGAGAGCGGUGUCUGUGAUAUUGAGGAGGGAGUGUAGGCGGGACAGAAGGAUGGCAUGGUCGAUGGUGUCGAAAGCAGCAGAGAGGUCGAGGAGGAUGAGGAUGGAGAGUGGGCCAGAGUCAGCAGAAAUGAGGAGGUCGUUUGUAACUUUGAUGAGGGCAGUUUCGGUGCUGUGGUGGGUGCGGAAUCCUGAUUGAAACUGUUCGUAAAGGUUGUUAUUGUUGAGGUGGGUUUUGAUUUGUGAUGCGAUGACACGUUCGAGGAUUUUUGACAAGAAAGGGAGGUUGGAGAUGGGCCGGAAGUUACUGAUGUCGUCGGGGUUGAGUCCGGGUUUUUUGAGGAUGGGGGUGACAGCAGCCAGUUUGAGUGAUGGGGGAACAGUGGCGGAGUUGAGGGAGGAGUUGAUGAUCUGUGUUAUGAUGGGGGAGAUGACGGGGAGGCAGUGUUUGAUGAGGGAGGAUGGGAUGGGAUCCAGGAUACAGGUGGAUGAAGACAUGGAGCAGAUGAUAUUAGUCACGUCGGUUGAGGAGACAGGUGAGAAGCAGGAGAGUGCUGAUGGGAUGUGGGGAGGAGGGGAGGAGCGGGGAAUGGAGGGUGGGGGAAGGGAGUUAUAGAUUGCAUUGAUUUUGGGUUGAAAAGAGGAGAGGAAUGUGUUGCAUUUUUCCGGGGUGAAGGUGAUGGAGGUACUGUCUAUGGGUUGGAGCAGUUUUUUGACGGUGGAGAAAAGAGCCUUUUGGUUACUGGAGCCGGAGUGGAUGAGGUUGGAGUAAUAGGAUGAGCGGGCGGAUUUGAGGGCUGUUCUGUAUAGGUGGAGGUGGUCGGUGUAGGCUUGGAGAUGGACGGUGAGGCUGGUUUUGCGGUAUAGGCGUUCCAGUUGGCGUUUAUGGGAUUUCAUUUUGUGUAGUUCUGAAGUAUACCAGGGGGCAGAGUGUCUGAAUGAAACUGUUUUUGUUUUGAGAGGUGCGAGCUGGUCCAGGCAGGAGGAUAGAGUGUUAUUGUAGUAGUUGAGUAGGUCAGGAAGUUUAGCAGAUGGUGAGGGAGGGGAUGCAGUGAGGGUGGCAGAUAGGGAAGCGGAUAGGUCCUGUGGUGAGAUGGAUUUGAGGUUUCUGAAGGUAAUUUGUCGUUUUUCACUGUGAGGCAGAGGGGGGGGGUCGACGUUGAAAGUGACAGCCAGGUGAUCAGAGAUAUAGAGGUUGGUGGUGGAGAGAUGGUGGAUGGAGAUGCCGGUGGAGCAGACGAGGUCGAGGGUGUGGCCAUGGGAGUGGGUGGGGGAGUGCACAUGCUGGGUGAGAUUGAGGGUGUCGAGCAGAUCCAGGAAAUCGGAUGCUUGUUUGAUAAAAAUGAUAAAAAUGGGUAUGAAAUUUUGGUGGCAGGUCCCCUUUAAUGCAGUGCUGGGUGAAAACCUGAAAACCACAGCCAUCCAGUGUUGGUUCCCAGUCUUGUCCCUUUCAGAUGGAUAUUUCUGCCAAUUCUCUGAUUUUGUUAUAUGUACCAAACACAAAGUCUCCAGUGCUUUGCAGUUGAAUAACUGAAUAACUUCCCAUCUUUCCUUCCAAGAGACUCAACCUCUAUGAAUGUCCUUUUUUUAACCCAGUCAUGUUACUAACCUGUUAAAAAUUAACCUGUUUAGUUGGGAUGUUCGUGGAGCUGUUUUGUUUAUUCAUUUUUGGCAUUAUCAAACAUUUCCACUGUUACGUUUUGCCCCUCACUGAAACAUGUUGCUUUAUUGAAAUUGUUUUUACCUGCACUAUCCAAAGCAUUUUAAUUUUGAUAGAAUUAAAGUUAUAAGACAUUGCAACUGUUUUACUUUCUUGUUGUGGAUGUGGUGGUGGUCAGAACUGACACUUGAACAAAGGGUUAAACCUUGACAUGAUGUUUUUAAUGACACCUUUUUUAAUUGACAGGUCUCAUGGGAAUACUAUUGAUCAUAAAUAAGAGCAUUUCAGGAUGUUUACUUGUUUAAAGAGUUACUAAACAGCAAUCUGAUACAUUGUUUAUUUUUUUAAGACUUGCAAACUGUAAACAGUUUUCUUCCCUUUGGCACUUAAAUAUUUGUCAGAAGUUUUGCUAAAACUGGUCAUAAGAUUGGUCAUAAGAUUGAGGUGCCCAUGCACCUCAUUCAGAUGACCUGGAAAUGCUUGAAAAUCAUCAUAACAUUCGACCUGAGCCUUGUGUAUUUGCUUAAUCCUGUUAAUCUGGUUGAUAGUGCUGCAGGAAGGGGCCCUGCAGGGCUGUGGGAGACCCUGAUUGGCUGUGAUGUCAUCUGUUUCUGCUGCUUAACUGCCUGCUUUGCCUUUAAGUGCUUUCCAGUAUGUUUGGAGAUCAAAAGCCACACUCGCCAGAGCAGCUUUAAUCACCUCCUCUGCUAGCGGCAGGUGUGUGAGCGAGCAAGCGAGUGUGUGUGUGUGUGUGUGUGUGUGUGUGUGUGUGUGUGUGUGUGUGUGUGGUAUUGGUUGUGUGCUGCAGAUAUGCAAAGGGUUGCUGGCAUUUCCAAAGAUAGCCAGGCUGACAUUUCUAUUGACUUUGAUGUUGAUAAUCCCCCACAAAUUCCCCAAAGCUAGCUGAUAUUCUGUGUGUGUGUGUGUGUGUGUGUGUGUGUGUGUGUGUGUGUGUGUGUGUGUGUGUGUGUGUGUGUGUGUGUGGAUGCAUGUUAGUUUACUCAGGUAGUUGGGUCAGAAUCAACGUUAUCACUGUUUACCUAUGAAAAUGUUCCAGAUUGAAGGGUCAACAGGUUAUUUCACAUGUAUUUUUAAGAUUCGUGAUCCAGGCCAACGUUAAUAUUUUUUCACUGCUUUGAUCUUCCUGAUUCCCUCACAGAGAAAUCACAUUUAAAGGCCAUGACUUCACUGUUUAAAGGGUACCUUCAUGCAUUUACAGCCAUGUGUGGUAGCUCAGAGAUGAAAAACUCUCAUUAGGAUGUGUUUAUUAAAAACUGCCAAAGAAUACAGAUAAUAGUAAAGACGUUUUUUUUUUUAAGUCACAUUGAGCAUUUCAUGUACUUAAAUCUGUCAAUAUCACCAAGAUUGAAUCACAAAUAAGUGUCAUCAGGGCACAAUUUGGGUGGAGUUAGUGGGACCUUAGGUGAGUGCAAAUUAACCACUGAAAUCAAUGUUUGGUGUCAAAUUUGCAGAUAUUUGAUUAAAAAUUCUGAGUCGCUAAUCAGUCAGUCAAUCAAUCAAUUAAUCUUAUUAACAUAGCACCAAGUCACAUCAAAUGUUAUCUCAGGAUGCUUAAUAAAAAGAGAGCUGGUCUACAUCAGACUCAUAAUAUUUUCAAAGAGCCAACAUGAAGAUGAGAAAAAACUGAGUCUGAACUUGGAAGAGAGAGAUGGACAGAGGACAGACUGAUCUUUUUUUUAAAAAAAAUAAGGUUUUCUUAUCUUUUCAAAAUAAACAAUACAUAACAGGAGAUUUCAUCUUGCAUCUGCUCCACUCCAUUGAUUGUUCGUAUCAACCUGAAACAUCAAGACAGAGAGUCCAUUAAAGCAGAAGUUCAACAUUUCUGACCACACUACACCACAUAUCAUCUACAUGUUAGCUUGCUUCCUUUGAGGCAAUGAACUUUAUGCUACUAACGUUGGCUAACCAUUAGCUUGUUCAUUUACCAAUCGAUUCCUGAAGUCAGAAGCUAGUACACAUCAGUGCUUUACAAAAAUACAUCUUAACAACAAAUGAGGGUCUUUAUAAUAAUAUCACGUUGUCUAUAUGGUAAAGCAAUAGUGGAAAUAUAACAAACCUUGCUUUGUACGUCUCCUCACUUUAGCAGUUGUGGCAUCAAUCUGGUGAGUGGGUGGUGCUUGGUUUCAAUUGCCUGAAUGUCUACCCAAUGUGUCAGGUGGUCCACAAUAAACCAACAAAACUGUAAAGAAAUUACAACCAAACAGCUAAUAACUCUUUAUUUAUUUAUUGCUGUGAAAAAAAAAAGAAGUUUUUAAACAGUUUUUAAAAAGGAACGUGUCUACAAUAGACUGAGCGUUUUUAACUUAACACACAGUUAUAAGUUUAACCUUCGAACUUUUGGCUAAACCUCAUUAAUGUCCUGAUAUUCCUAAUAUUGUGUUUGGAGUCCAGUGGGGGUUGAAGCUCAUGAAGCUUUCAGAGGUACAAUAACACAGAAUGAAAUAGAGCUAUCAGAGCUCAUCACCCCUCCCUCUGUAACCCACACUGAAAAGGAAGCUUGACUGACCUCUGAACCCAGCUCACUCAUCCCCAUCCACAGACCAGUAACAGACUACAGAGCCUCCGGAGACUUAAACCACCCAAGGCUACCAGCUACAACAAAAUCAUCUCCCAAAACCUCUGCAGCAGCCCUCUCAUCCUCCACAGCCCCGACCAUAUUCCCCACCGCAGCCCCCACCAUGCAGCCCCUGGCAUGCACUGCCCCCACUAUGGACCUCCUCCACAGCCCCAACACUGUGCCUUUUGCAGCACCCAUCAUGGACCUCCUUUACAUGCCCCACCAUGCAUUGCUACAGCCCCCACCAUGCAUUGCUACAGCUCCCACAAUACACCUCCUGUAAAGCCCCAACCAUGCACCUCCUCCGCAGCUCCCACCAUGCACCUCCUACAGAGACUCCACCAUGCACCUCCUACAGAGACUCCACCAUGCACCUCCACUGCAGCCCCUACCAUGUAGCCCCCGGCAUGCACCUCCUCCACAGCCCCCACUAUGGACCUAACCCAUAUUCCGAACUAUGUGCCCUCUGCAGCUCCUACCAUGCAUCUCCUUCACAGCCUCCACCACGAACCUCCUUCCCAGCCCCCAUAAUACACCUCCUGCAAAGCCCUCACCAUACACCUUCUCCACAGUCCCCACAUGCACCUCCUCUGCAGCCCCCACAAUACAUCUCUUCUACAGUCCUGACCACUAACCUCCUCCACAGCCCCCUACACCUCCCAGAUCCCGAGAGGAACCAGCCAGAAUGAAUAACUUUGUUUGAAGUUGACCCCAAACUGCCCUCUCCCUGCCUCAGGUAUCAGAGCACACAGAACUUCUCUUUGGAAAUAUGAGCCACUUGCCUAAAAUAUAAAUCAAACAAACACACAACCACUCCCAAACACAAGUCCUUCAAAAUUGGCACAAUUUUCUAAGUUAGGUGAAAAAAAGACAGAGUCAAAAGUUUCAGUAACGUGUUUGGCAUAUUAUGUGGAAUAAGUAGCGAGAGCUCAGUGACACUAAGUGAAGCUUCACUCUAUAACGAUACAACAUCAAGCAGCACCUCGCUGUGGAAAAAUGAAGCCAACAUGAAGUGCAGAAAACUGCAGAUCCUCUUUACACUUAAAGUUAUCUGCAAAAUAUUGACAUGCCCAUUUAUUUCUGCAGGGAUCAAAAAACAAAGAGAGCACUGGAUGUCUGCCAUUGGGCAGUGCACAGAAAGUUGUGAUAAUGAAGAUCUGCCUUUCUCACUUUUGUAGCUCCUUACUAUUUUUCUCUCUUUGUUGUUCUGUGAUCAUAAAGUCAAACCUGAUGACAUGUAAGUUAACAGCAUCUAUAAAGUUAUGAGUAAUGUGCUGAUCCACCCUUCUAUGGCCUUCCCUCAAUUUGACUAACCUAUUUUCAGGUUUCCCAAUAAUAUCCUGAUAAUAUCAUUAUUGUGAUGUCAGGGCAGCAAUAUUUGAAAAUGAAAAUCUGACACUGUGACACCGCGAGUUUAAACCCCUGAUACAACAUAAUAGUUCAUUUAAAUACAUUAAGGCAUACAUAGUAAAUAGGAGGUUGGAAAAAUUUCCCCCAAUUCCCUAUAUUCUGGUGAAUUUACAUGCUGUAGCAAUUGAAAAAAAAAAUAGUAAUAAAAUAACAGAAAAUAAUAAUAACAACUAGUGCCCCAUGGGACACAAAUGGGCCUGAGCAGCGGCGCUACGCUACCUCUGUAAACUACUUCCCCAGCGCAUGUUGAUAUUUUGAAGGGGACACCAUGGAGCCAUUUUUGGUGUGAUCUCCAUUUUGACAUUUAAAACUUUUGCUUUCGUCUUGGGGUUCAACAUAAAUGUCAUUGAUUCCAUAGGUUUGGGUCACACACAGGAGUGAGGCUUACAUUUUUUUCGUUUCAUUUAUUGUUCUUAGGGUCCAACAAAGGUGUGCUAUAGGUGUGCUUCAUUCCAUAGGUUUGGGUCACACACAGCAGUGAGGCUUACAUUUUGAAAUUUUUUAGGGGGCGCUAUUUAGCCAUUUUUGGUUGGAUCUUCAUUUUGACAUUGGAGCCCUCAAGAGGACGGCCCUCCUGAUCUGUGUACCAGAUGUCAUGUGGCUGUGGCAUAUAUAUAACCAAUAUCCCAGAUUGCUAUUUUUUGAAGACAUUUCAUGGCGCCACCUAGGUGCAAUUUCACAAUACAAGUUGUUGAUUUUCUAGCCUAUCUGGUACCCCAUCAGGUGUGUCCUGAACAAAUCUCAGCAGCAUUCAAUCAAAAAAAGGAGUUACAAACCAUUCACCGAGCAAUGCAUUCUCCUCUGCCACCAGGUGGCGCUAGAACAUACAGAUUAAAGAUUUGUGUCCAGUGUCUGCCGCUGGACCCUUAUAAAAUGAUUAAAAUCUUGUGGAAGUGGAACCAGUGUGGUAGUUACACAGAAAACUCCCUGAGCACGAAAACUCUAGGGUGGCUAGAGAACCUUUUCCUUUUCAUAUAUAUAGGGGCACAGCAAAAUAUUCACAUUUGAGCCGGGCCUGUCCCACCUGCCAAAUUUCAGGAAUUUUUGAACACGUCAAGGGGGUGAAAAAGUUGAAAAAAAAAAAGGUUAUAUUAACAACAAUAAUAAUAAUAAAUAAUUCCUGCAAUUUCAAUAGGGCUCUUGCCCGCUACUUGCGGUCCAACAUAAAUGUCAUUGAUUUCAUGGGUUUGGGUCACACACAGGGGCAGGGCUUACAUUUUGAAAUUUUGAAGGGGGCGCUAAGGAGCCAUUUUGUGUUGGAUCUCCAUUUUGACAUUGUAGCCCUUAUUGUUUAUCUUGGGGUCCAACAUAAGUAUCCUUGAUUCUAUAGGUUUGGGUCACACACAGAAGAAAGGCUUACAUUUUGCAAUUUUGUAGGGGGCGCAAUGGAGCCAUUUUCCGUUGGAUCUCCAUUUUGACAUUGGAGCCCUCAAGAGGACACCGCUCCUAAUCUGUGUACCAAAUUUCAUGUGGCUGUGCACAUAUAUAGCAGUAUCCCAGAUUGCUAUCUUUUGGAGACAUUUCAUAGUGCUACCUAGGUGCAGUUUAAUGAAAGAAGUUGUUGAUUUUCUAGCCCAUCUGGUACCCCAUCAGGUGUGUCCUGAACAAUUUCAGCGGCCCGAAUUUUCUGACUGUAAACAAAGCCAUUCUCCACCUUCCCAAACCUGAUUGGGAGUAGACACUGCUCCUUAGUGCUGAUUGGUUGUGAGGCAGACGCUGCUCCUAAAGUUGUAUUGUUAAUGAACAUUUCGUUCAAAAGAACAGAACUGCUGAGUGAACGAAGUGAAAUGAAUCUCUCCGAGACCUGAUUCGUUCCUUUUUCAGUUCAGUUGAGCUCAGCCGCAAGUCUGGCAUGCCGGUCAGGAGUGGAACUACUGCCUUUGACUCUUUGGCGAACAACACACAGCCAGCCAGCCAGCGGGCGGGCGGGCGGAGUCUCGUGAUUCACUCACAGCGAAUGAACUAUAUGUACCAGUCAGUGAGUGAAACAAUCUGUGAAUGUCAUGUUUCAGUAUGUGAAUAAAACAGUCUGUGAACGACCUGUAUCAGUAAGUGAAUGAAACAAACUACUUCCAAAUGACUUCAUGCAGAAGGUUGGGGGAGGGGAUGCAGUGUCGUUCAAUUACUGUUGAACACCGGUUUAUUCACUGAGGCUAAGAUAAAACAGUGUAUUAUAUUGCCUUUACAUUAUUACAUGUGUAUAAACUUUCCUGCAAGACGGAUUUAAUUUCAGCCAAUUUAAAGCAAUAUGCUAUUUGUUAUCUUAAAACGUAGCAGAAUCCCCAAUACAGCUGCAAUGUUUAAUUUUAAUCUCUCCACUUUUCUGCUAUAUAAGACUGACGACUUGCGCUUGUUUAGCGGCCGUGCUCCUUGCUGCUGUGUUGUUUUCGCCGACAGCCAUACACAGAGAGGUGAGUUUUUCAGAGCGGGGGAGGGAUUCUUCCUUCAGGACUUGGGAAAUGAACGACAUGUGUCACCCAGUGAACGAUGCUGUGACUUCAGCAGUAGGGGAGGGGAAGGGCUCGUUCAAUGAACGAACUCACGGCUGUGUUACUCAUAUGUGUACUGCACCGGCAGCAUCGGGCUUCAAAUCACUGACUGAUUCAGUGAACAAAUCUUUUGAAUAAAUUCUUUUAAUAAAUCAAUCAAUCAAUCAAAUUUUAUUUAUAUAUCGCCAAUUCACAACAGUCGUCAUCUCAAGACGCUUUUCAAGGAACAAGAGCAGGUCUAGACCACGCUCAUUGUUUGAUGAUCAAGAACCAACCUAAGAUGGGUUUUGGCCCAUCUCAACUAACAUGCGUAGCAGUGGCAAGGAAAAACUUCCUUUUAACAGGCAGAAACCUUGGGCAGGACCC